ACUCUAUCUUUCUUGGCUUUCAAUGAUUAACAAGGACAAAAUGAUACUUGUGUCGACCUCGAAAUCGAUUUCCAUGUCGAAUGUUUCUUCGUUAAUUUCCGAGCGAUUCACUGGAAGAGAACGUCGUCGUCAUGCAUCAAUCGGCUUUCUCGUCUCGCAUCAGGAUUUCAGGAUACGGGAUUCGAUGGCCCGAGCGAGAAGUGACGAACGCAAUAAUCCGAACCAGGUGUGGCGAUUUAAAAUCAUGGCGAUGCGCGGUCAGUCGCGGUGGGCGCCCCUUCCUAUUUUUUCAGUAUAUUUUUAGCAAUAUCGCGUAUAAAUACACCAUCGUGAAAAGAUACAUUAUUUCAAUGUAACGUCGAUGAACAGCGAUCAGAUUGAAAAUGAGCAAGGGUUGCUGGAAAUUCGACGAAGAGGAUAAGGCCUUGUAUAUAGAUUUGGAGGAGGAAGACACAGAGGAGGAUAAGCUGUGCAAAAAGUACAGUUCUUGGGAUCAGGUACCAGACAUUUUGCUGGAGGAGAUAUUCUCAUAUUUAACUAUUCGCGAGCGCUACUAUGCAUCUUUGGUGUGUCGAUCAUGGUAUCGAGCUUUCAAGCUACAGAACGUAUGGUCCACAUUUACUCUAGAAGACACCACUCUCACGCGGGGAAAAUUUAACUACUACAGUGGCUGGCAAUAUGUUCUGGAUCACAUAAGAACGUCCACCUGCCUGAAUAAAGUCGGGAGAAACUUCCGUUCGCUUAUAUUCGAACCUAUGCUGAAUUUCUACAAUCUCUAUGAAUUUAUGAAUAUGAUAUCAUGGUAUGCCGAGCGGCAAGGCUCGGACAAUACGUCUGUGGCUGGUGUGGGUACUUAUAUAAGAAGGCUAAAAUUUACCUUUCCCUGCAACAUGGCAAACAGGGAUGAUCCCGAUCGAAUCAGAGUUUUUGGCACAGGAGGGAAAUUGCUGGAAGCACUCGAGAGACUCAUGAGAAACUUGCAGAAUCUUAGAUGUCUGGAACUGAUAGACCUAAUGCUCGAGAGUAAUGAAGCGUUACACUUGAUGGAUGAUAUCUGUACAAAUUGUACUCAGACUUUAUCAAAAUUGAUACUGAUAAAUACUACUCGUUAUAAUUGUCCAUUAUUACAUGUAGGAGUGUUCAUUAACUUAAAUGUCUUAGUUAUUAGCCCCCAAAAUUUGCACGAGGAUGUAAUAGAACUAAUAGGUUACACAAAAUUAAGACAUCUUCAUAUUUUACAAAAUCGAUACAGUCCAAAGGACACCACUAUAAGAUUGCCAAAGAGAUCAUCUUGGAUCAAGAUGAAAAUGAACAAUCCCUAUUUAAAAGUACAUUUUGAAAUAGAAAGCCAUAAAGCCACUGAUAUUCUUUUGCCUAUCGAUUUAUUAGAACAUGGCGUUAUACCAUGUCAAAGUAUAGUACUGGAUAAUCCAAACACACAAAUUUCACCGUCAAUGAUACUUACUCAUGGAGCGUUUUUUGACUCGACGAUACGGGUAUAUGCUUUUAAGGGAGUAACGAAGUACUAUCUGCACAGGAGCUUUGCCAAAAGAUUGGAUGAAGUGUUGGUGCAAUUCUGCCGAAUGUGCCCGAACCUGCAUACACUGAUGAUCCGAGAUAAGAUAUCGACUGCUACAAUUUUAGAGAUUGUCUCUACCGCGAAAUACUUACGCUGCUUAUAUGUUCGGCGAAACGUUAUCCUGAAGAGAUGUGACAGAGCUUGGUCGAAAAUUCUGGAUAGGUCACCCGAGUAUUAUCGAUGGAUCAAGGUAAAUAGCCGUAGUUAUGAGAACACGGAGAAGGAAGUAUCCAGAAUAUUGGGCUAUCGAUGGCACAUGUUAUCCGAAAAAGAAUUUAAAAUGCAAAUGAUUAAUUUGCAUAUAUAGAUUAUAAAAAUUGUUUGUAAAGCAAUUUGAGAAAAUUAUCCCAGUAGUAAGUUAUUUAAGCAUAUUAUAAUAAAAGUUAUUAUAAUAAAAUAAAGGAAUAGAAAAGAAAACAU